AUGGGUCUCUUCAAGUCCAGCGACAAGGCCACCGACGGCGACAAGGGCGAGAAGAAGUCUCUCUACCGGCGCUACCAGGACUCCAAGCGCGGCGAGCCCAUCAGCGAUGCCGACCUGCUCAAGUACACGGGCAAGACGCGCGAGCAAUUCGACUCGUGGAAGGACACCCAGGCCGGCGUCGGCCGCAACCAGCUCGCCGGGACCCUCGCCAUGGGCAACGCCGCGGGGCUCGGCGGCGUCGCCACGGGCGCGGGCUACGGCGGCUGGGGCCCCGGCGCGGCGCCCAACUAUCCCAACCGCGGCAUGAAGUUCCCCCCGCAGCAGCAGAAGUCGGACAAGGAGAAGGCGCUGGAGGACAGUGAUUAA